UACAGGUGCCUGACAGAUACUAUCCUUGCUAUCGAAAUUAAUUGAGCUGUGGUACACGGCCUGUCGUCAUGCUUUUGCUUGAUUAUCAGAACGUUCUCAUUCAGAACCUGCUGACGGAGCGGUUCUCCGGAGGUGCGCCGGUUUCAAUUGACCAAGUUGUCUCUGACUUUGACGGAGUGACGUUCCACCUGUCGACGCCAGAAUCGAAGACCAAGAUCCUUAUCUCCAUCCACGUGAAAUGCUUCAAAGAGCUGGUUCAAUACGGUGCCCAGGAGGUACUGGAAAGAGAAUAUGGUCCUUACAUCGUCACACCAGAGCCUGGCUAUGACUUCUCGGUACAGAUUGACUUGGAGAACCUGCCCGCAGAGCAGGAAGCUCGGGACGAGCUUAUCAUGCGGCUUGCGUUGCUGAAGCGUAACGCCAUGGCUGCUCCGUUCGAAAGGGCAUUCGACGAAUUCGCGAAGUUGUCAGAGGAGGCAUCCAGGUACACGUCGGAGUCCGCACCCCAGGGAAUCAAGGAAGGUGGGGAGUUGAUGGCAAUUCAUUACCGGGAAGAGGAAGCGAUCUACAUCAAGGCCAGUCAUGACCGGGUCACAGUGAUCUUUAGCACUGUUUUCCGCGAAGAGACGGAUCGUAUCUUUGGCAAGGUGUUCUUACAGGAGUUUGUCGACGCGAGAAGACGAGUGGUGACGUUGCAGAAUGCGCCCCAAGUGCUCUUCCGCAGCGACCCUCCGCUGGAGCUUCAGGGGGUCCCUGGUCUGCAGACAGCUGGGGACGGUAAAAUGAGUUAUGUCACUUUCGUCCUUUUUCCUCGACACCUGACUCCUCAACGACGCUACGAAAAUAUCUCUCACAUCCAAACCUUCCGUGACUAUUUCCAUUACCACAUCAAGGCGUCCAAGGCAUAUAUCCACACUAGAAUGCGUAAGAGGACAGCAGACUUCCUCCAAGUCCUCAACAGAGCUCGACCUGAAAACGAGGAGCGGGAGCGGAAGACGGCCAGCGGUCGUACGUUCAGGGUUCAUGGAUAGAGCGGUCAAUCGUGUUUCUUGUUGUAUAUUACGGCUCGAAGGUAGUACGAAGCAUUUGAAGCUGAACAAGCAAAGUGCACAUACAAUUUCACUCGUUACACAGAGCACCCUUAUCGUACGAUUAUUUGGCCGUUUCAGCAAGAGGCAAGGGGGUGUCUGAGGAUUUGACGUGUCUCAAAAGAUCUGAUAGCAUUCUUGCCGGGGUUUCAGGUGCAAUUGCUUUUUCCUCCUUUGCAGCUGCAUCUGUCAAUCUGCACGAGGUGGAUAUCUACUUGGCAAUAAUAGAGACUGAUCAUCAUCC